GUUGCUGUAUCCGGACAGGGUCAACUGCACGGACCCCCCGGGGACUGAGCCGAGCCGAGGAGCCGAAGAGCCGAAGAGCCGAGGAGCCGAAGAGCCGAGUCCGUCGUCAGUCCGUGAUCAGCCCGGGACUCUGCAGUGUGUCCGUGUUAUGGAGGCUCCGGGCGGCCUGAGGCGGAGGAUCGUCCCGCUGCUGGUUCUGCUGCUCUGGUGCUCCGGUGCCCCGGGACACACCGAGAGGGUUUGUCACUGCAGCGGGAGGUCGCUGUGUCACUGUGCUGGGGUCAAAGGUCAAAAGGGUGAACCUGGAUACCUCGGAGAACAUGGACUUCCUGGAGUGAUUGGUUACCCUGGAAACGAGGGCCACCAGGGGCCACCAGGAGAAAAGGGUGAGCAGGAAGCAGCAGGAGCUCCGGGACUGAAAGGCUCUCGGGGUCUUCCAGGAAAACCAGGUUUUCCAGGACCUCCAGGACUGCCGGGAAUUCCUGGACGUGAAGGACCAAUCGGCCAACCAGGUUUCCCAGGAUGCAAUGGGACAAAGGGCGAUGUUGGGUACCAAGGACUCCCUGGAGUUCCAGGACCUGUUGGCUUUCGAGGUCGUCCCGGAAUGCGAGGCACAAAGGGCAACUCGUUCGUCUUCCCCGUCCCUCCGGACAUUAAAGGACUGACAGGUCAACAGGGACUAGAAGGACAGAAGGGGCUGAGGGGAGAUCCAGGUGAACUUGGCCUGUCAGGACCACCAGGACCUGCCGGACGUCCUGGAGGUCCAGGGUUGCCGGGGUUACUGGGAGAGAAGGGUCAGGAGGGGCCUAGUCCAGUGAUCCCAGGGCCCCGAGGACAGACGGGUGAUCGUGGACCUCCUGGUAUUCCUGGACAGAAAGGAAUCAAACUGUAUGCUGAAGGACCCAAAGAGCUGAAGGGUGAACCAGGUGCAGUUGGAGACAAAGGCUGUCGGGGUCUUGACGGCGAUCCUGGGAAACACGGGGGGAAGGGCGAGCAGGGCGAGCGAGGCGACCCUGGCUCUCUGGGUAAACAGGGAAAGGACGGACUCAUCGGAGAGCUCGGACUUCCGGGAGACCCAGGGGAUCGCGGGUACCUCGGUCCUCCAGGUAUCGAAGGAUCCAAGGGGGACAAAGGUGAACGUGGCCUUUGGGGUCUUCAAGGAGAAGUGGUCCAGAAUCACAUAUUCCUGAAGGGCCAGCUUGGUGUCCCCGGGCCCCACGGACCCCCAGGACCCGCCGGAGAACCAGGAAUCAUUGGUUUUCCUGGACUGCAGGGCGAGUCAGGUGUGGCUCCUACUGGGCCUCCAGGUCCUCAUGGGUCACCUGGUUUGACCGGACCCAAAGGAGAACCAGGAGAGACAGGGCCCCUAAUCAUCGGGCCCCCAGGAGACACUGGGGUCCCAGGAGGUCCUGGAGCGGAAGGAGAACCAGGAGAACCAGGAAUACCAGAUUUACUGCCGGGAGAUGUUGGUUUUCCUGGAGCUAAAGGUACAAAAGGCCUGAUGGGACUUACUGGUACCAGAGGGGAGGAUGGACAGACAGGUGAGAAGGGGGAGGUGUGCUUCGUCUGUCCUGUUGUUUCCAGCGACCCCGGAUCUCCAGGUAGACCAGGAGAGCCAGGUGAAGCUGGGAUGACAGGUUCGGACGGUUUUCCAGGAACCAAAGGUGACAAAGGGGUCAAAGGUGUCCGAGGACCGCUUGGUCCACAGGGCCUCUUUGGUUUCCCAGGUGUCCCGGGGCCCACAGGACCUGUUGGUGAGCCAGGGAUCAUGCACAGGGUGGGGCAGAAGGGUGAGGAAGGGGCCCGGGGGGGACCAGGACCACCAGGUAUCGAGGGCACAGACGGACCUGUUGGAGUCCCUGGACCGAAAGGGGUUCUGGGACAGAAGGGAAACCCUGGGCCUCUGGGACAGAAAGGUGAGAGGGGCCUACUCGGGGAGUGUGGUCUCAGGGGACUGAUAGGACAGAGGGGCCCUCCAGGACCUCCUGGUAUUGGCGCUCCAGGUCCUUCAGGUCCUCAAGGCAACGUGGGAGUCCUUGGACAGCGAGGGAUUCCUGGAAAACCAGGUGAAAAAGGUUCUCCAGGUGAGAUCAAGACUUCUCCAGGAGAUCCAGGACAGAAAGGAGAGAAAGGUAUAUCUGGAAAUCCAGGACCCGAAGGUGUGACGGGACCUCCAGGUGAUCUGGGGGCUGUCGGUCCAAAGGGAGAAGAAGGGGACAAAGGCUUUUCUGUGCAGGGGCCCCCAGGCUUCCCAGGGGUGAAAGGAGUGAAGGGCCCUCCAGGAGCUCCGGGUUUAUCAAGUUUUGGAAUCAAGGGACGGGCGGGGCCAUCGGGCCCCCCGGGGAUGCCGGGGCCAAAGGGGGACAGGGGAAUCGGUUUCCCAGGCCAGCAGGGGCAGUCAGGCCCUCAGGGAGAAGAUGGCUCAGUGGGGCCCCAAGGAGACCCCGGACCCCAAGGAGAAGAUGGAGUCCCAGGAUCUCCAGGACCAGACGGACCACCAGGACCCAAUGGUCGUAAUGCUCUGGAUGGUGUAUCUGGUCCCAAUGGCUUUCUUGGAGUCUGUUUAGAGGGCCCCCCCGGACCUGAGGGAGGGGAAGGACAGAUGGGCAUCAUCGGAUUCACAGGGGCCCGGGGCUCAAAGGGGGUGCAGGGUGACCCCGGGCUGCCAGGGGUGGGUGCCCUGGGGCCACAGGGGCCAUACGGGUCACCAGGGUUUGAUGGACUUCCAGGGCCAGCAGGAGGUGUCGGAUUGAAGGGCCUAAGAGGGUCCAAUGGGGAGCCAGGAAGUCCAGGUAUCAGGGGGGACAUGGGUCCUCCAGGACCUCUUGGGCUUCCAGGGGUUGAUGGGAAACUGGGAGAGACGGGACGUCCAGGACCAAAAGGUCAGAUGGGAGGAGAUGGGGUCAGGGGUUCUCAGGGGCCUCCGGGGCCUCAGGGGGACCGAGGGAGGACUGGACCUAGAGGACUCCAAACAUCUGUUGAGACGUACGGAGAUCCUGGAGAUGCUGGAGAACCAGGGCCCAUAGGUUUCACUGGUGUUAAAGGAGAGAAGGGCCUCGCAGGACCUCAGGGCCCAGACGGUAGAAAUGCUGUACCUGGGGACACCGGGCCACUAGGACUUCCUGGUGACCCUGGCAGAGCUGGACAGACGGGUCCUCUUGGUCCCAAUGGUCUCCCUGGUAACCCAGGGGAGAUGGGAAAGCCAGGUUUCAAAGGUGAGAAAGGUUCCACAGGCCCCUGCGGGGAACCUGGUUCAGAUGGAAAACCAGGAUCAGGAGGACCUAAAGGUAUUAAAGGAGAACUGAGUCCACCUGGACCUGGAUUUAAAGGAUGUCCAGGAGAGAAGGGGAAUCCAGGAUGCCCAGGACCUUUAGGUACAAAGGGGAAACCAGGAGACUCUGGGAACUUUGGUCUUCCAGGAGUAUGUGGCCCCUGUGGCCCCAAAGGACUAUCUGGGCUCCCGGGAUGCAGAGGUCCACCUGGAUCUCCUGGAGAAAAGGGUAGUGACGGUCCUUCGGGGAAAACUGGACCUCCAGGACCCAGCGGUCUCCCAGGUAACAAAGGGGCUCCUGGAGAUCCUGGUCCUGCCGGUCCCAGAGGAAGCCAGGGACAAGAUGGGAUACCUGGACCUCCAGGAGAGAAAGGAGCCAUGGGAGCUCCUGGAACUGGACCCCGGGGCCUAGAGGGGGAGAUAGGUCCACCUGGCUCUGCUGGGGAGAAGGGCCCUCCUGGACCCUGUGGCCCUCCUGGUUCCAGUGGUCCUGGAGGAAAACCAGGGUGUCCUGGUCCUUCUGGACUCCCUGGUCCUCCUGGCUGUCCUGGCCAGGAGGGAGUUUGCACUGCAGGAGGAAAAGGAGAAAACGGUGUCUCUGGAGCACAAGGAACAAAAGGUCCUCCUGGAUGUCAGGGUCCUACUGGCCCUCCAGGUCUUGGUAAUAAAGGAGAGAAGGGAAGUAAAGCAACAACAGGUGACCCAGGACCACCGGGUUACCCUGGCGACCCUGGUACUCGAGGCAAGCCGGGUGAAGACGGGCCCACGGGCCCAGGCGGACACAAAGGCGAGAUCGGAGAAACAGGUGUCACAGGACCUGUGGGUUUGAAGGGAGAUGAGGCACCACAAGGUAACACCGGCUCACGAGGAUCUCCAGGGCCACCCGGGAGGAGAGGAUCGAGGGGAAAGGAUGCAUCCAGGGAGGUGAGGUUGAUUCCAGGAGACGAAGGCUUCACUGGAGAUCAGGGAUCCCCAGGACCAAGAGGACCCCCAGGGCCCCGUGGGAGACCUGGAAGUCCAGGUCUAAAGGGCAGUGAAGGCGAGGCAGGUAUCAGAGGAGCAGGAGGUCGCCCGGGACUGAAAGGGGAUCAGGGAGACCGAGGGUUCCCUGGACAAAAAGGGGUCGUAGGUCUACGAGGUCCAGUUGGUACUAAAGGUGUUCUGGGUCCACCGGGUCCCUGCAGGGACACGCCGGAGAAGGAUGGCUUCCUGUUCACCAGACACAGCCAAAAUCUCUUUGUCCCAUCAUGCCCUGCGGGAUCCAACGAGGUGUACAGCGGAUACUCGCUGCUGUUCAUCAACGGGAACAACCGAGCUCACGGACAAGACCUAGGUACGUUGGGCAGCUGUCUCCCUCUCUUCACCACCAUGCCCUUCCUGUUCUGUAACACCGACAGCACCUGUCGCUACGCCUCACGCAACGACUACUCCUAUUGGCUGUCCACAAACGAAACACUGCCAGCCAGCGUCCCGUUCAUCUCCGGACAGUUACUGGAGAGUUACAUCAGCCGGUGUACUGUAUGCGAGGCCAGAGCCAACGUGAUUGCCAUCCACAGUCAGACCAGUUACGUUCCUGACUGUCCCUCUGGGUGGGAUCGCCUGUGGUUAGGAUUCUCCUUCGUAAUGGAAACGGGAGUGGGGGCGGAGGGGUCGGGUCAGCCUCUGGCCUCACCUGGAUCCUGUCUGGAAUACUUCAGGAAGAUUCCCUUCAUCGAGUGUCACGGCAGAGGAACCUGCAACUACUACACUGACUCCUACAGCUACUGGUUGGCUGCUCUCAACCCCAACGACAUGUUCAGUAAACCAAAGCCUCAGACUGUUAAAGGAGAGUUUCCAGGAAGUCUGAUCAGCCGCUGUCAAGUCUGUAUGAAGAGGCUGUGAACCGUGUUACUGACACAGCUACUGUAAAUACCGCUGCUGCUAACACUACUGACAUUAAUGCUACUGACAACUACUGUUUCUGACCAGAAUCUGUCUUAAUCGGUUCGUCAUCAAAACGCGUCGUUUUUUGGAUUAGUUUCAUCUUCACUGUAAUCAGACGGUAAUAUGAGUCACAAGAGGAGUUAUUCGUAGGGUUGGUUAGCCCUGAUGCUAACGUGUAGCCACAGCACUCAAACAUCUGACAUUAGCUUCUCGUGUUGUGAAACCUCAAACAAACAUCAGUGAACAGAUUGUAAAGGUGUUCACGCUGGAUUCUGAUUGGACAUGAGUCUGAUUGACUGGUGUGAACAUCUGUUCCAACCUGCGACUCUGAAUUAAUCAGAUUUAGUAAGUGGAUGUCUGUCAGUGAAAGGCACCUUAGGAGUCGUAGUUGAUUUCUCACCUUGAUUUUUUAUUCGUAGCUUUGACUUUUUAUAAUAGAAUCAGACACAUUUAAUGUCUGAAUAUGAGAAACAUGAAAGAUACUGUUACUUCAGGACCUGAUACAAUAACUGCUCACACUUCCUGUUCCUGGUUACGCAACAAUGGUUUAUUCAUUCCUGCGGCACAAUUACAUGCAAAGAUCCAUUAGGAGUUCAGCUUAGUGCUCAGGGUCGUGAAUAGACGUGAAUAUGCGUCUGACUGACGGAUUCAUGGUCGUCGGUGGACAACCGCAGUCGUACGGUGAAACUGACAAAACUGUCCGACGAGCGGGUGAGUUCUGAACACGUCAGAACUGUAAAGUCAAACUUCUUCUACUACUUUACAAUUCCUGCACUGAAAACACUUCAGACGAAGAUACAGGAAGUCGGGCUGCAGUAUGAAUGUGUACUACCACUGUUUACAUGCCCAUUAGAGUUGUUAAACUAUAAUAUUUUGACAACAUUCUGAUUAUAAAAUGAAAUCAGAAUGUGUACUACUACUACUACUACAACUACUGUAAGUGCAACAAUGAUUACUACUAUUGUAAGUACUGCUACCACUAACACAACAGUAAGCGCUCCUACUAAAACCACUAUCAUUAUCUAAUAAUACUCAUAAUCUCAAAGUACAUAGUUUGUACGUUUGUACUACUACUACUACUGUUACUGUAAUCUACGAAUAGAUACUGCCUCUAACUGUCUUCUGUAGUACUACUGCUCUUGUCACCACUCGAGUACCACUGCUGCCUCUGGAGGUGCAGUACCUCCCUCCGCCAGGGGAGGGGGCAGCGCUGAGACACUAACCAACCAGCAGCCUGCUCUGCUGCAGUUCCUCUCACAGCCAGGUGGUGGAGCUCCAGGAAAACUUGAAGUGAAUGAGAAACACAAGACAAGGACGUUUUUCAUUUUCUGCACAGCAACAGAAUCUUAGGGUCUCUUGGUGGAUGGUUCUCAGAACAGUGCAUUCUGGGACUCGUUGUCUUCGGUCUGGCCUCAACCUCCGACUGAUGAAACGACAACAUCACACAGAACGUAGACGAGCGGAGACGAGCUGUGGAACGAUUUGGUGUUUACAGUCUGAUCACAUGUACAUACACGGAGACUGUUUGUGAAUAUGAUUCUUAUUGAAUUUAAUAAAAUGUGUUUCUGUU